AUGGCGCCACAUCAAUCAUUGUUGGAACGAUCGACCUUGACGUCCACUCACCCCCAGUGGUAUGCUCGCAAACCUUCAUGGUCAUCGACAAUGUCUCUCAUUACAACGGAAUCUUGGGCUGACCGUGGAUCAGUAAGAUCGAGGCCAUCACAUCUGCUCUACGCCAGAAGAUCCGUUACCCCAUUCAUGGGGAAGGGAUUGGGCAGAUCAAUAGUGACCAAGCCAUGA